AUGCCACCACCGCCGUCGGCAUCCGGCGCCGCAGCCUCAGCGGCAGCAGGAUCAGCGUCACCUUCGCAGAAACCGCAAGGCUCCACGACCGGCGCCGUUGCGCUCGCCUCUGCCACCAGUGCACGACUUCUGCGGCCCAACGGCGAGGAGCGGCCGACAGUGGCGCUCUCCCAGAACAUCAUGUCCGUCUACGAAGCCAUCAACACCCUCUUCUACCGGGAGCGCCAGCUGCUGCUGACGGCCCCCGCCAAGUACGCGGCGCGCAAGUACGAGGAUGUCUCGGGGCACUACCUGCCGUACCCGGGCGAGGAAAUUGCGGAGCGGUACGUGGUGAAGGCGGUCAUCGGCAAGGGCAGCUUCGGCACCGUGCUCCACUGCAUCGACCAAAAGUACAACGAGGCUGUCGCCCUCAAAGUCAUCCGCAGCGGUCCCUACUUUGAGAGUCAGGGCUGGUUUGAGGCGCAGGUGGUGGCGCACCUAAACAACGACCCGGCGCUGCAGAACCUCGUCGUGCAGCUGCGUAAGGUGUUCUUGUGGAAAGGUCAUAUGGUGCUGGUCUUUGAGCCGCUCAGCUUUAGUCUCUACCGUCUCAUCACGUUGACCAAGUACAACGGCGUCAGCCUCGACCUCACACGCAAGUUUGCCUACCAGAUGAUCAAGGUGCUGCUGGUGCUAGAACAGCACCAGCCACCCAUCAUACACUGCGAUCUGAAGCCGGAGAAUGUGCUACUGCGCGACCCGAGCCGCAGCGAGGUGCGCGUGAUCGACUUUGGCUCCGCGUGCUACCAGCAGCAGCCAAAGUGGAACCCUCCACCGGCGCAAGUGGUACUCCCCUCGACGUCGCCAAGCAGCUGCUCAGGGCCGCCGUGGGAUUCGACUGAAGGCGCCAGUUGCGGGGUCAAGCCCGCCCCAGCCACCGGCGACGGUGGCGGUGGCGCGCCGCAGUCACCGACCACUGCAUCUGUCAACGCGGCGCUGACAAGCGGCGUCGCGGCACCAAUAGCUGAGGAGCCAGGAACGGCGGAGAAGACCGGUGAUUCGGCUCCCACGGCUGCUGCUGCUGCUGCCGUUACUGGCGGUGGCGAGGGUGUGGACAUCAUCAUGCCCAAGUACAUCCAGUCGCGCUACUACCGAAGCCCGGAGGUCAUCCUGGAGCUUGGUUACACGACAGCGAUUGACCGCUGGUCCCUAGGCUGCUUCCUUGUGGAGAUGCACACGGGAGUGCCCCUCUUCCCCGGCAAAAAUGAGGGGGACAUGGUGGCGUACUUCACUUCCGUCCUCGGCCCGCUUCCCGACUACAUGAUCGCAGCAAGCCCUAAGCGGACGCAGCUAUAUUAUACGUGUCCUUUAGAUCCCGCCACCGCGAACAGCAGCGCUGGCGAGGCGACUCACAGCGCCGGCGCUGAUCCAGUAGGGGAUGCACCACCGGGACUCACUCCAAUGUCCAGCGCACCGGGUCACGCCACAGGCUCCCCUUUCUUUCUGCGAGCCCCGCAAGUUGAGGGCGAGGGCGCAACGGCCGCUGCUGCUGUGACUGGCAAUGACAGCAAUAGUCCGCCACUCUCUCUUGAAGAAAUUCUUGGUGUGCACAAGGGCGGUCCACGCGGCUGUCGCGCAGGCCAGCCGGGACACGACGAGGCCGCCUACGAAGUAUUUUGCGACUUCAUCCACAAACUGCUCCAGUACGACCCACGGAAGCGCGUGAGUUGCCAGCAGGCGAUCCAGCACCCUUUUCUAGAACCAAUCCGGGCACUAAAAUCUCGUUCCGUGGCGACACAGUCGGCAGUCACGGAUACCGUGUGCGGUAACGCGGAAGCGGCUAGUGCGCCACCUUCCCUAUUGACAGCGCCUCAGCAAUAG